AUGAAGCUGAGCUUUGUGAUUGCUGGCUUCGUGGCAGCAGGGAAGAACAAGAAGGAGAAAAAAGAGUUUACUAGGGCUUACGAUAAGGCUCUCAAAAAUCCACUGAAAGCCACAUGGGAUAUCGGAAGUGAAAGCCUAACUUUGAGCGGAGACAGCAGUGUCCGAGACAAGGGUUGGCUCGAUGGAGGCUACUGGUGCGACGACCAAACCCUCGAUUCACCCUCAUUUCGUCGAGGUGUUCAAGUAAAUGAGCCGCAAAGCCGAAUUAUUGGCGGAGAGAAUGCGCAAGUGAAUGCUUGGCGCUGGAUCGGAUACUUUUAUGGUUGCGGUUCGACAUUGAUUGCUUCUGAUUGGGCUUUGACUGCAGCGCAUUGCUGUACUAUUCCGGUUGAGUACUUUGACGGCAAAGAGCUGUGCUUUGGCCGAGACGUGAAAAACAUGAAGGACGAUUUUGAGCAAUGCUCUGAGAUUGCUGAAAUCAUUCCGCACCCAGGUUACGAUCGUUCGGAAACAGUCCUCAACGACAUCUGCCUCCUCCGACUGAAGAAAAGGCUGAGCUACGGAGAAACUGUCCAACCUGCAUGUCUCCCAAAACAAGGAGAAUCUCUCGAGUCUCUUUACCCAGAUUUCGUCGGAAAUGAACAAGGAGACAACAAUGACUGUUUUGUCGCCGGAUGGGGAUAUCGCCAAGAAGGCUGGUACAUGAGCUUGCCGACGAUUCUUCAAGACGCAAAAGUCAACGCUCUGAAAAACGAAACAUGCGAGGCUGCAUAUACUAGAGAAGUUCACGGACGAAUCAAUGAGUAUUACCGGCGCGAUGUGAUGAGCUGCUUCGGUCAUCUUGAGGGUGGAAUCGAUGCAUGCCAAGGGGACUCAGGCGGACCUAUGAUUUGCUUGGAGAAAUCGACAACCGUCAAUGGCCAUACUAAUCCAGUACUUCGAGGAGUCGUCUCCUGGGGAGAAGGAUGUGGACGUGAAGGCCGUCCAGGUGUCUAUGCUAGAACAAGCGCUUUUGUCGACUGGAUCCAGAGCACAAUCCAAGACAAAUCAACAUUCGUGAAUCCACAAUGCCCCGACCCAGAGAACUAUUUCAUAAUUCAAGGUGGGGCCGUUCUGGACUGCAGUUGGGAAAUGUGUACCGUUCACUGUACUCAACCAGGACUCACUCCUUCCGUGAGCGAAGUUAACUGCGAUGUUCGCCGACGGAACUGGAAUCCUUUCUUGAGCGGCACCGUCAUCACCUGUGCCGAAGACACAGGAGUUUUCACGAACUGCGGGGCGUUGACCGAUUUUUAUAAUGAAGUCGAUACAGACAAUAUUGAUUUCAACUGCUCUGGAAACACUUGCAAUUUAGAAGCAAAAGACCCGUCGAGGCACGAAGUUUUUCCGAAAAGGAUCUGGUGCCAAGGAAAUCGCCCGAACUAUCAAGGAAACAAACUCAUUGCUUACCCAAAAGGAUCAACAGCCAAUUGUGGUAAUUUUUACGAAGCGUGGCCGACCGCCUUGGAAGCUGGAAUCAGAGCUGAAUGCUCUAAUUACAAGUGUGAGCUUCAUCCAGCAGAUGGUGAUGAUAUUGUCUGGCCUUUCAAGUUUCCCAAGUGCAGCAGAGGUAAAUGGUCGUUCGGAAGACAGGCCAUCCCAGAAGAUACUGUUUUCAAGUCUAUCUCUUGGAGCGAAUACAGAGAGGAAGACAACCCAUAUUUGGACUGUGGAAGGUCAGAAAGAACGAUGUCAGAUUUCGGAAGCUUUGUGGGGGACAAGAAUCAAUUCAGAAGUUUUUCUAACGAAAUUGCUUUCUGUUACCCUGAUAAUUGGUUCAACAUCAAUUACUGCAACUUCUACUGUCCAACAUCGAACCCAAACAAACCCAGAAAGAUCAAUACGACAUUCAAAUGUGCAAAAGGAAACUGGAAGCCGAAGCUCACCAAGAAACGACAAAACAGUCUCAGAUGCUAA